CCUCCCCACGGCUGCAUGGAUUCAGUCCCAGCCCACCCCUCCUUCUCCCCCUUCCCAGGGCUGCGUGGCACCAUUCACAGCCUGCCCUCCACCAUCCCCCCACCCCAGUGCUUCGUGGCACAGCUCACCCCUCUCCCCCCACCUGCUCCUCCUCAGCAGUGUUUUUUCCCCCCUGUCCCCCCUCAGGUGCCUCGGAUCAUCCUGUGGCUGAUGGUGGAGCUCGCCAUCAUCGGCUCUGACAUGCAGGAGGUCAUUGGCUCAGCCAUCGCCAUCAACCUGCUGUCGGUGGGGAAAAUCCCACUGUGGGGUGGAGUGCUCAUCACCAUCGCCGACACCUUCGUCUUCCUCUUCCUGGAUAAAUACGGUUUGAGGAAGCUGGAGGCGUUCUUUGGUUUCCUGAUCACCAUCAUGGCGCUGACCUUCGGAUAUGAGUAUGUGACGGUGAAGCCGAACCAGAAGCAGGUGCUGCAGGGGCUGUUUGUCCCUGGGUGCCGGGGCUGCGGCACCCCACAGCUGGAGCAGGCUGUGGGCAUUGUGGGGGCCGUCAUCAUGCCCCACAACAUGUACCUGCACUCCGCCCUGGUCAAGUCCCGCCAGGUGAAUCGCUCCAACCCACGGGAGGUGCGUGAGGCCAACAAAUACUUCUUUGCUGAGUCAUGCAUUGCGCUCUUCGUCUCCUUCAUCAUCAACGUCUUCGUCGUCUCCGUCUUCGCCGAGGCUUUCUAUGGGAAAACCAACAUGGAUGUGCAUGAGGUUUGUGCCAACGCCAGCAGUGCCCACACAGGGCUGUUCCCGAGCGACAACACCACGCUGGAGGUGGACAUCUACAAAGGGGGCGCAGUGCUGGGCUGUUACUUUGGCCCAGCUGCUCUCUACAUUUGGGCCAUUGGGAUCCUGGCGGCUGGGCAGAGCUCCACCAUGACCGGGACGUACUCAGGGCAGUUCGUCAUGGAGGGCUUCCUCAACCUGCGCUGGUCGCGGUUUGCCCGUGUGCUGCUGACGCGCUCCAUCGCCAUCACCCCCACCCUCUUUGUGGCCAUCUUCCAGGACGUGGAGCACCUGACGGGGAUGAACGACUUCCUCAACGUGCUCAUGAGCCUGCAGCUCCCGUUUGCCCUCAUCCCAGUGCUGACCUUCACCAGCCUGCCCAGCGUCAUGAACGACUUCGCCAACGGGCUGUUCUGGAAGAUUGGCGGCGGUGCCGUCAUCCUGCUGGUGUGCAGCAUCAACAUGUACUUCGUGGUGGCCUACGUGAUGGCGCUGAACCACGUGGGGCUCUACGUCGGUGCGGCCAUCCUCAGCGUUGUCUACCUGGCCUUUGUCGCGUACCUGACCUGGCUGUGUCUGAUCGCGCUGGGGGCCUCGGCGCUGUCCUGCGGUAGCACGCGCUGCUGGGCCUUCGCUGCGCGCCCGGAGCUCUUCCUCCUCAACAACAUCGGCGUGGAGGCGGCGGUGACGCGGUGAUGUGGAAUGGGAGCUGGAGAUGGGAGCAGCGCCACCACGGAACCGGGAUGGAAACAAACGGCGUUGGGAUGGCACCAAAAUGGCACCAGAAUAACACAGGGGUGGCACUGGGAUGGAACCAGAAUGGCGUUGGGGUGGCACCAUGAUGAUGUUGGGAUGGCAUUGGGGUGGCACCAGAAUGGCUUUGGGACGGAACUGGGAUGGCAUGGGGAUGGUAUUGGAAUGGCACCAGAAUGGCACCAAAAUGGGACCAGAAUAACACAGGGAUGGCACUGGGGUGGCACCACAAUGGCGUUGGGGUGGCAUUGGGAUGAUAUUGGGAUGGCACCAGAAUUGUGUUGGGGUGGCAUUGGAAUGGAACCAGAAUGGCGUUGGGAUGGAACUGGGAUGGCAUCAAAAUCGGACCAGAGUAACACAGGGAUGGCACUGGGAUGGAACCCGAAUGGCGUUGGGGUGGCACUGCGAUAACAUUGAGAUGGCACCAGAAUUGUGUUGGGGUGGCAUUGGGAUGGCACCAAAGUGGUACCAGAAUAACACAGGGGCAGCACUGGGAUGGAACCAGAAUGAUGUUGGGACGGAACUGGGAUGGCAUUGGGUUGGCACCAUGAUGACGUUGGGAUGGAACUGGGGUGGCACCAGAAUAACACAGGGGUGGCACUGGGAUGGAACCAGAAUGGUGUUGGGAUGGAACUGGGAUGGCAUUGGGGUGGUAUUGGGAUGGCACCAGAAUGGCACCAAAAUGGGAUCAAAAUGGUGCCAGAAUACAGGGAUGGCACUGGAGUGGCACCGCAAUGGCAAUGGGAUGGAACUGGGACCAGAAUAACACUGGGAUGGCACUGGGAUGGAACCAGAAUGGCGUUGGGUUGGCAUUGGAGUGACACUAUGAUGACGUUGGGAUGGAACUGGGAUGGCACCAGAAUGGAACCAGAAUAACACAGGGUGGCACUGGGGUGGCACCACAGUGGCGUUGGGGUGGCAUUGGGAUGAUAUUGGGAUGGCACCAGCACUGCAUUGGGGUGGCACUGGGAUGGCACCAAAAUGGAGCCAGGAUAACACAGGGAUGGCAUUGGGGUGGCACCACAAUGGUGAUGGGAUGGAACUGGGAUGGCACCAAAAUGGCACCAAAACGGCACCAAAACGGGAUCAAAAUGGUGCCAGGAUGACACAGGGAUGGCAUUGGGGUGGCACCAUGGUGACAUUGGGGUGGCACUGGGGUGGCAACAAAACAGAACCAAAAUGGGAGCACAAUGACACAGGAAUGGCAGUGGGAUGGCAUUGGGGUGGGACUGAGAUGGCACCAAAAUGGGACCAAAAUGGCACAAGAAUAACAGGGAUGGCAUUGGGGUGGCACCAGAAUAACACUGGGCUGGCCCUGGGAUGGCAUGUCCCCAUGUGUCCCUGAGGUGUCCCCAACACA